CAACAACUGUGCGCGCUCCUGAACGGCUGCUACUUAACGCCUGGCGUCUGCUCCGAGCUCCAGGAACAGCCGAGCAGCACCAAUGUGUAAGAGUCAGUCUGGCGAAUGAAAGACGGAUUUAAAGACGGAUAUCUCCCCCCGCAGGUCCCGUCUGACGCCGCACAUUCGCUUGUUCAGCAGCAGCGUACGGAAGGCUGAUUUGUCCGAGAGGUCCCCACAUUUCAAGAGAAGACGAAAGCCUUACUUGAAAAUCUUAUGGACGAAGAAAUGAGUCGCCAGACUGCCACCGCCCUGCCCACAGGAACCUCCAAGUGCCCCCCUUCCCAGCGUGUGCCCACCCUUUCAGGCACCACAGCCUCCAACAGUGACCUAGCCAGUCUGUUUGAGUGCCCCGUCUGCUUCGACUAUGUUCUGCCCCCUAUCCUGCAGUGCCAGUCCGGACAUUUGGUAUGCUCCAACUGUCGACCGAAACUCACCUGCUGCCCCACCUGCCGAGGGCCCCUGGGCUCCAUCAGGAACCUGGCCAUGGAGAAGGUAGCCAACUCAGUCCUCUUCCCCUGCAAAUACGCCUCGUCGGGCUGCGAAAUCACUCUGCCUCACACCGAGAAGACGGAGCACGAAGAGCUGUGCGAGUUCCGGCCGUACUCCUGCCCCUGUCCCGGCGCCUCCUGCAAGUGGCAGGGCUCGCUGGACGCCGUCAUGCCUCACCUGAUGCACCAGCACAAGUCCAUCACCACGCUGCAGGGCGAGGACAUCGUGUUCCUGGCCACGGACAUCAACCUCCCCGGCGCGGUGGACUGGGUGAUGAUGCAGUCCUGUUUCGGCUUCCAUUUCAUGCUGGUGCUGGAGAAGCAGGAGAAGUACGACGGCCACCAGCAGUUCUUCGCCAUCGUGCAGCUCAUCGGCACUCGCAAGCAGGCCGAGAACUUUGCCUACAGGCUAGAGCUCAACGGUCACCGGCGUCGCCUGACCUGGGAGGCCACGCCCCGCUCUAUCCACGAGGGCAUCGCCACGGCCAUUAUGAACAGCGACUGCCUGGUCUUUGACACGUCCAUCGCCCAGCUGUUCGCCGAGAACGGCAACCUGGGCAUCAACGUGACCAUCUCCAUGUGCUAAAGAGCAGACAGUGGAACAGUUGACAGUGUGCG